AUGGGCAUCCGAGGACUAAUGAGUUUUGUGGAAGAUCACAGUAAUGAGUUCUUUACUGACCUGAAGUUGCGAGACACCAAAAUUAUCAUUGAUGGCUAUGCCCUCUUCCACCGGCUUUGCUUCAACUCACACUUGGAGCUCCGGUACGGAGGGGACUAUGAUGCUUUUGCAGAUGUUGCACAAAACUUCUUCGAAUCACUGUUUUCUUGUAAUAUAUGCCCGUAUGUUGUCUUAGAUGGAGGGUGUGACAUUUCGGAUAAAAAGCUUACAACGCUGAAGGAUCGAGCAAGAGAGAAGAUCCAGGCGGCCCAUUCCCUUUCUGUUGGUGGGAGUGGGUGUGUCUGUCCCCUUCUCACCCGGGAAGUGUUCAUACAAGUUUUGGUCAGGCUGCGGGUACCUUUUGUCCAGUGCUUUUCGGAAGCGGAUCGGGACAUUAUGACGCUGGCUAAUCAUUGGAAUUGCCCUGUGCUGUCAUCGGAUAGCGACUUUUGCAUUUUUGACCUGAAAGCUGGGUUUUGUCCAUUGAAUAGCUUUCAGUGGAGAAACGUGAACACUAUUAAGAGCACGCAGGGCCGUUACAUUCCCGCCAAAUGCUUUUCUCGUGAUGCGCUCUGCCACUACUUCAGCAACAUGAACAAAGAUCUACUCCCUCUCUUUGCGGUGCUGUGCGGGAACGACCACGUUCAUCUGCCCAGCAUGGACACGGUGUUAAGUCAGGUGCGCCUUCCUCCUGGAGCUGCCAGCGCCAAGGGGAGGAGACACUACCGAAUUGUGGGCCUUCUGAGCUGGUUGUCUCGUUUUGCUGGCCCCACUGAAGCCCUAGAUAAUGUCCUGAAAUAUCUCCCGAAAAAGGAUCGAGAAAGUGUCCGGGAACUUCUCUGUUGUUCCAUGGAAGAAUACCAGCCGUCCCAGGUGAUGCUGCAGGACUUCUUCCGGCGAAGGACGUACGCCUGUCCGGAGGCCUUGGGUCUGGGUGUGCCAGAAUGGGUCCUCGUGGCUUUGGCCAGAGGUCAGCUGGCUCCUUUCAUCAGCGAUGCCUUGGUGCUAAGACGGACCUUUCUUCACACACAAGUGGAAGACAUGCAGCAGCCAAAUGCCCACAGAGUAUCUCUGCCCAUCCGGCAAGUCAUGUACGGGCUGCUUUCCAAUGCCUCCGCACCCCUGGGGAGUGCACCCUUGAACGCGUCGCCUCCUCGGCCUUUGGCUUUCAGCGAGGUGGAAAGGAUUAGGAAAAACAUCAAAAUAUCGAUUGUUGAUGCCGUAAACCUGCCCAAGGAUCAUUCUGACUUAAGCAAAUUGACUGAGCUCUCCUCAGCUAGACGGCAGGCACUUCUCUUAGAAACAUUAAAGGUGAAACAGACCGUCCUGGACCCAAUCCCUCCUUCUUUGAAGUUGCCCAUCGCUGUCAGUUGCUACUGGUUGCAGCACUCGGAGGUCAAGGCAAAACUACAUCAUCUACAAGCCUUGCUGCUGGGGAUGCUGCAGGGGCCCUUGCAUGCCAUAAUCGACAGCCCUGGAAUUGUGGACCUGGCACCCAGGCAGGCUCAGUGCCUUGCUGCUCGCUAG